CCCGGGCGAUGACGUCGCUACCAGGCGCCCGGCGGCACGUUGGCCAGGCCUUGGGCUGGCUUUAGGGGGUAAAAAUGGCUAUGGCCAGCGAUUUCUACCUGCGCUACUACGUAGGUCACAAGGGCAAGUUUGGACACGAGUUUCUGGAGUUCGAGUUUCGGCCAGACGGAAAGCUUAGAUAUGCCAACAACAGCAAUUACAAAAAUGAUGUCAUGAUCAGAAAGGAGGCUUAUGUGCACAAGAGUGUAAUGGAGGAACUGAAGAGGAUUAUUGACGACAGUGAAAUUACAAAAGAAGAUGAUGCUUUGUGGCCUCCCCCUGACAGAGUUGGCCGACAGGAGCUUGAAAUUGUAAUUGGAGAUGAACAUAUUUCUUUUACAACAUCGAAAAUAGGUUCUCUUAUUGAUGUAAAUCAGUCAAAGGAUCCUGAAGGCCUUCGAGUAUUUUACUAUUUGGUACAGGACCUGAAAUGUUUAGUUUUUAGUCUUAUUGGAUUACAUUUCAAGAUUAAACCAAUCUAAAUUGUAUGUUUUUGCAGCUGUUUUUAUAUUUAAUUAAGGGAUGGGUUUGUCAUUUACCCUAUUGGGAUUUUUAUAAAUGUGAAAAUUUUUUUGUAUGCCAACUAAAAAUAAGGAAAUACAUAAGCAGGCUUAAUGAUUAUUCUCAUUUGGGUCCAAGUGGUCUGGACAGUCCUCACACAUGAAAUUCUGUAAAUAAAAGGAACCUUUUGUUGAGAGUUUGCUCUAAUAAAACAUAUCAAAGCCCGGA